ACCCAACUCACAGCAAAGACAUCGAGGGAUGUCAGCACACAGAUCGUCUCGUGGAGAAUCUGUCAACCAAAUCGUGCCAUUGGUCAAUCAAAAGAAGUUAAUUUCUCUUGUCAUGAAUGGGUGCACGUGUUCUUUUGAAGUGGAUUCAGGGUCGCCAGUGACCAUAAUGACGGAAACCACGUUCAACAAUAUCUGGGCACAAGGACAGCCAGAUCUCGCCAAGUGUGACUUGGACCUAACGGAUUACCAACGCAACCAAAUUCCGAUUAAGGGUGUCAUUGAUGUGUCAAUUCGUUACAAUCGUCGUAAGAUCGACAUUCUGCCACUGAUCAUCGCCAAUGUAGGAGGCUCAAAUUUGGUAGGAUGCAACUGGUUCGACGCACUGGGCAUACGCAUCGAAGGCGUGUUUGCAGUCAACAGUGGCGUCAACAUAAAAUCCGUGCUCAGUGAGUAUGAGCAUUUAUUCGCUAUAGAACUAAGGCGCCAUAACGGUCCGCCAGUUACACUGCAUAUCGAUACGGGCGUCGCCCCUGUCCGUCUGUCACCGCGCCGUAUACCUUUCGCAAUCAAGGGUCUGGUCGAAGAAGAGAUCGAGCGAUUAUGCAAACAAGGCAUUUUAGAGCCAGUAGAAUACUCUGACUGGGCAACACCAAUCGUGCCAGUCGUCAAGAAGGAUGGAUCCAUACGCAUCUGCGGCGUCAAUACCCUAUUAGCUUCGAUCGAAGGAGGAUCGAUUUUUGCAAAAAUAGAUUUAGCACAAGUUUACCAACAGCUUGUGGUCGAUGACAAUUCAGCAUUGCUUCAAACGGUAUGCACACACAAGGGAGCAUACAAAGUAACACGGCUGCAAUUUGGCAUAUCAUCAGCGCCAGGGAUUUCUCAGAGUUUCAUCGAGAAUCUUCUACAAAACAUCCAUGGCGUUUUACCCUAUUUUGAUGAUAUAGUCGUAAUGGGAAAAACAGAAGAAGAGCUUGCGGAAAGGCUCAUACAAGUGUUCUCGCGUUUUGACAAGGCAGGGUUGCGCCUACGCAGAGACAAAUGUCAGUUUGGAGUGCCAUCAAUAGAAUUUUUGGGCUUCAAGAACGAUGCAUGUGGAAUUCGGCCAACUACUGACAAGAAGCAAUUACAGUCAUUCUUGGGACUGCUAAACUUUUACCAUGCAUUCUUGCCACAAAAAGCAACCGUGGCGGAACCUUUGCAUCGCCUCCUAGAUAAGCAUGCCCGCUGGAAAUGGGACGGAGAGCAUCAAAGAGCUUUCGAAGAAGUUAAGUUACAUCGAGCGACGUGUUAGUACACUACAAUGAGGAACUACCAUUAAUACUAACAUGUGACGCACUCGGAGCAGUCCUAAGUCAUAAAUUACCAGACGGCACUGAGAAACCAAUAGCGUUUUAUUCUAGAACGUUGUCAAAAGCUGAACGGAACUACUUGCAAAUUAAUAGAGAAGCCGUAGCGCUUAUAUCAGGAGUCAAAAAAUUCCACAAUUAUCUGUAUGGCCGUUCUUUUACGUUGGUUAGAGAUCAUCGGCCACUAUUGGGAAUUUUAAACGCGUCGAAAAGAGUACCGGAUGUCAUUUCAUCAGUUAUGCUUCGAAGAUCAAUCUUUCUCAAUGCCUAUAGUUAUACACUGAUACAUCGUGCUGGAUCAAAAAUUGGAAAUGCAGACUUCUUGAGUCGUUGUCCGGUACCAUAAGAAGUAGAAACAACAACUAGCGAGGACGUAUUAAUGAUUGAACUGGUAGCAAAGCCAAUCGUGAGUGCUGACCUGAUUGCGUCCCAAACUUCGAAAGAUAUCAAUCUCUCGAAAGUUUUAAACUGGGUGUUAAGGGGAUGGCCCAGCACCAAAAUUGACCGUUCGAGCAAAUUAUAUCCAUUCUACUGCCGUCGUAAUGAACUCUCUGCUAAUAGAGGAGUUCUUGUGUGGGGGAACUGUGCAGCACAACUGCAAUAUGAAACAGAAAACUGCAACUCACCACUGGGAGUCAGCCAAACGCCCCUGGUCGCGCCUUCAUGUCGAUUUCGCUGGACCGUUCUUGGGCAAGGUAUUUAUUUUGGUCGUGGACUCAUAUUCGAAAUGGUCGAAGUCGACGUGGUCAGCUCAACCUCUGCAGCUGCCGCCAUCAAAUUUCUCCGACAGCUGUUUGCCACCCAUGGGCUGCCAGACGAGUUGGUAUCAGAUAAUGGAACAGCGUUCACGUCGGAAGAAUUCAAAUUGUUCAUGGAGAACAACGUUAUAAGGCACAUACGCUCAGCUCCGUUUCACCCGUCUACUAACGGCCAAGCAGAGCGGAUACAGAGUACCAAAAACUAUUUGAAGAAGUUUGGAAAGGACCAAAACAUUGAUCUGAGCUUGGCCAGAUACUUAUUUAAUCAGCAUUCAACCCCACAGCCUACUACAAAUCGCUCGCCAGCAGAGCUAUUAUUCAAUCGCGGGCUUAAGUCAUACUUUGACAAGAUACAGCCGCAUGAAAUAACCUUUGGUAAGGUCGUCGAUCCCGGUAAUGCUAAACCUCUCAUUACAGGUAGUCCAGUUUGGGUUCGUAAUUAUUCACCUGGAGAUAAAUGGAUUGAAGGCGCAGUAACCGAUCAAACUGGCCCAAUCUCGUACAAGGUACGCCUAUCCGAUUCUAGAGUCGUCCGGCGACAUCAAGAUCAACUUCGUAGUCGUGUCAGCCCAACUAAUGCCUCCGACUGCGAACCUAAAAACACAGAAGCACCUAUUUCGUCGUAUAGUGAUACCGAGCCAAGUAUGUCCGAUGGGGAAACUCAAAAUGGAUCAGGAGCUUUACAGCCUGAAGUUGCAACGCCCUCAUCGGCAACACCACGAAGAUCUCAACGGAAGAGGCAGGCCACUCAGUUCUUUGCUGCCUCUGGGUGUUAAGGGGUGUUAUGUAUGUGACCGGUCAGUUCGUUCACUGUCACACGAACUGGAGUCAGUUGGUUCGUAGAAGUCUGUCACUUCACAUCGCUCUGCGCAGCGAUCAUAAAUCAAUACAUUAUACCACACAAUUGUU